UUCCGCCCCGGUGCCUGCCCGCCUCCUUUUUAAGCGCCUCCCGCCCAACCUCAGCUCCCUCUGGCUUUGCCACGCUCCUUCCUACCCCGCCUUCCUUGUCUCCCCCGACUGCUCUGGUUCCUGUGGCCACCCCGCAGCGCCAGCCCAGGUGCCAUGGCUGCUGUGUACCUCCCCAGCCUGCGGCUUAGCUUGCAUGGGCUGAGGCCCUGGCGCUGGUCACCAUGCCGUAACAUCCAAACUCUGCGGGUACUCAGUGGAGACCUGGGCCAGCUGCCUGCUGGAGUCCGGGACUUCGUGGCACGCAGUGCCCGUCUGUGCCAACCAGAGAGCAUUCACAUUUGUGAUGGGUCUGAGGCUGAGAACGCUGCCACACUGGCCCUGCUGGAACAGCAGGGGCUUAUCCGGAAGCUCCCCAAGUAUGAGAACUGCUGGCUGGCUCGCACAGACCCCAAGGAUGUGGCACGGGUAGAAAGCAAGACGGUGAUUGUAACCCCUUCGCAGAGGGACACAGUGCCCCUCCUGGCUGAUGGGGCCCGUGGGCAGCUGGGCAACUGGAUGUCCCCAGAUGAGUUCCAGCGAGCUGUGGAUGAGAGAUUCCCAGGAUGCAUGCAGGGCCGUACCAUGUAUGUGCUCCCAUUCAGCAUGGGUCCCGUGGGCUCCCCGCUGUCCCGCAUUGGAGUGCAGCUCACUGACUCAGCUUAUGUUGUGGCAAGCAUGCGUAUUAUGACCCGCCUGGGAACACCUGUGCUUCAGGCCCUGGGAGAUGGUGACUUCAUCAAGUGUCUGCAUUCAGUAGGCCAGCCCCUGACUGGGCAUGUCCCUGACACCCUGGUUUCUGAUGCCACUACCAGCAGCACUAUGACCCCAUUGUCUCCAGGGGAUCCUGUGAGCCCAUGGCCAUGCAAUCCGGAAAAAACCCUGAUUGGCCACGUGCCAGACCAGCGGGAGAUCGUCUCCUUCGGCAGCGGCUAUGGUGGUAACUCCUUGCUGGGCAAGAAGUGCUUUGCCCUGCGCAUCGCCUCUCGCCUGGCCAGGGAUGAGGGCUGGCUGGCAGAGCAUAUGCUGAUUUUGGGGAUCACCAACCCUGCAGGGAAAAAGCGCUAUGUGGCAGCUGCUUUCCCCAGUGCCUGUGGCAAAACCAAUCUGGCUAUGAUGCAGCCUGCAUUGCCAGGCUGGAAAGUAGAGUGUGUGGGGGAUGACAUCGCCUGGAUGAGGUUUGACAGUGAAGGUCAGCUCCGGGCCAUCAACCCUGAGAAUGGCUUCUUUGGGGUGGCCCCUGGUACAUCUGCUACCACCAAUCCCAAUGCAAUGGCCACAAUCCAGAGUAACACUCUUUUCACCAAUGUGGCCGAGACCAGUGACGGCGGUGUGUACUGGGAAGGCAUUGACCAGCCUCUUCCACCUGGUGUCACUGUGACCUCCUGGCUGGGAAAGCCCUGGAAACCUGGUGACAAAGAACCCUGUGCACAUCCCAAUUCACGUUUUUGUGUCCCGGCUCGCCAGUGUCCCAUCAUGGACCCAGCCUGGGAGGCACCAGAGGGUGUCCCCAUUGAUGCCAUCAUCUUUGGAGGCCGCAGACCCAAAGGGGUACCUCUGGUGUAUGAAGCCUUCAACUGGCGUCAUGGGGUGUUUGUAGGCAGCUCCAUGCGCUCAGAGUCCACUGCAGCUGCUGAACACAAAGGAAAGAUCAUUAUGCAUGAUCCCUUUGCCAUGCGGCCUUUUUUUGGCUAUAACUUUGGACACUACCUCCAACACUGGCUGAGCAUGGAGGGACACAAAGGAGCCCGGCUGCCUCGUAUCUUCCACGUCAACUGGUUCCGGCGAGAUGAGGCGGGCCGCUUCCUGUGGCCAGGUUUUGGGGAGAACGCUCGUGUGCUAGAUUGGAUCUGCAGACGGUUAGAUGGGGAAGACAGUGCCCAAGAGACUCCCAUCGGGCUGGUGCCAAAGGAAGGAGCCCUGAAUCUCAGUGGCCUCAAAGCAAUAGACAACAUUCAGCUGUUCUCCAUCCCCAAGGACUUCUGGGAACAGGAGGUUCGCGAUAUUAGGAGCUACCUGACCGAGCAAGUCAACCAGGAUCUGCCUAAGGAGGUGUUGUCGGAGCUCGAGGCUCUGGAGGGACGUGUGCGAAGAAUGUGACCUGAAUCUCUAGGCUAGCAAGAGCACAACACCCCCAUCUGGGAACUAGCUCUGUAGACCAGGCUGGUCUCGAACUCACAGAGAUCCGCCUGCCUAUGCCUCCUAAGUGCUGGGAUUAAAGGCGUGCGCCACCACCGCCCAGCUGAUUCACAGUUAUCUUAUACGUCUGUGCUGUUUUCACUUCCCAUUUGUCUCCGUAGGCUUCCUUCUACUGUCAGUCUCGAUACUGGCUCACAUAGUAAGAACUUGUAGAAGGAGGCAGAUUCUUCUGAAGAAUGUAGCCUGGUAUGGUGAUAUACACCUUUAAUCCUAGAGGCAGCCCAACCUCGGGGAGUUUGAGACCAGUCUGCCUGGUCUACAUAGCAAGUGCCAGGCCAGCUGGGGCUACAUGGUAAAGAUCAAUUAAAAAAAAAGAAGAAGAAGAAAAAGAAAGAAAAAGGGAGGCCACAGCAGGCUGCUCAGUGUCUAGCGUUAGGGUUCUUUGUCCCAUGCAAACAUGCAUGUCUGCAGAAGUUUCAUUCUGCAGUGACAGCUCCAUUGCUGGUUCUUCUGCUGGUUUCCCCCACCUGACUUGAACCAGGAACCAUACUAUCUUUUUUUUUUUCACUUGAGACAAGGUCUCAUGAAGCCCAGGCUGGAUUCAAACUCACCAUGCAGCUAAAGAUAACCCUGUCCUCCUGAUCCUCCUCUCUCCCUCCUGGCAAGCGUGCCACCAUCUGUAUGCUAGGCGCUGUUCUAAGAGCCUUAUGAAAGCCCCAUUUUACAGCUCAAAAGUGAGAGUUGGAUUGAGCAAAAUGGCAUGUCUUAAAAUCCUGGCACUUGAAGGACCUUAUCACCAAGGCAAGAGAAUUGUGUACACAGUGACCCUGUCUACACAGAAAAUCACAGACCAAAGAUCAUCCAGAGAACGGCCCCACACCUUUGUGCGUAUGGGUGUUGAAGUUCAGAGGGGAACAUGUUGGAAGGGGUCUGGGGAAAAUUGGAAAGGGGAAGUGGACUUGAUCAAAAGACAUAUAUACAUGAAAUUCCCAAAUAAUAAUAAAUAAUAAAAUAUGAGAAAAAACCUUCAAACAAAAUGGGAUUCCUGAAAAACCCCGCAGAAGAAAUAACUAGAUGAAGGAAGAAAUAGUGAGUGCUCUCCAAGAAAAGGCCAGAAAACUAGUCAAAGAAGAGAGGUCAGGGUGGCUAUACAACAGAACGCAGCAGUGGAGUACACGACACAAAAGCACA